CGUCACAAUGCUUGAGAACAUGUCCCGGCGUGGGCGGUCCCUGGUGUCUCUGUCUCUCACCUCAUUGGCCCUCACCCUGUCCGUCAUGGCCUUCUGCACCUCCUAUUGGUGCGAGGGGACGCACAAGGUGGUCAAGCCCCUCUGCCUGUCCCCCGUCAAGAUGAAGAACUGUGGACAGAACAUCAGCCAGCCCUACACCACAGAGACCCCCACCCCGGACCCCCAGGGCCCCCUCCCCAACGGGACACUGUCGCCACGGCAGCGGGAGGAGGCAGCGCGUCUGCGUCAGAAGGCCCUGGCCAACGCCGUCCACUACCUCUGGGAGACGGGCGAGGACAAGUACAUGCUGCGCUACUUCCACACGGGCUUCUGGCACUCCUGUGAGAAGCACAAUGAAGGGCAUGACCAGGUAGAGAAAUGUCGGAGUUUCAUCGAGCUGACUCCGGGGGAGACGCAGGGUGUGCUGUGGCUGUCGGUCAUCAGUGAGUUCACGUACAUCGGCCUGCUGGCCACCGGCUUCCUGCUCAUGUGUGUGGAGAGCAUCUGUCUCUGCGCCCGCAGGGAGAUGAACGCCCUCAAGAUCAACGCCUACGCUGCCAUGUGCACCGUGCUCUCAGGUCUGAUGGGGAUGAUGGCCCACAUGAUGUACACCACAGUGUUCCAGAUGACGGUGAGCAUCGGACCCAAGGACUGGAGGCCCCAGACCUGGGACUACAGCUGGUCCUUCGCCAUGGCCUGGCUGUCCUUCAGCUGCUGCAUGGCGGCGGCCGUGGCCACGCUGAACUCCUACACCAAGACGCUGAUCGAGAUGAAGCACCGCGCCCGCGUGCGUCUGGAGGACGCCCACCACGCGGCCCUGGCCCCCCCCUACGACCAGCUGCUGCCGGCCCCCCAGGCCCACGCCCAGACCCAGACCAGCCCCGGGGCCGCCGUGUACUCUGUCAGCCAGCUGCUGUGGCCCCGGGGGGGGCUCGGGCCGCUGGCCUACGGGGCCGGCGGGGCACUCCUGGUGGGCGGGGCCGGCGUCGGCGUGGGGGGGCUGCCCGGGGUAGGGGGCGUGGUCAGGGGGAUGGGAGGGUUGAUGGGAGGGGUGGGGGUCUCGGGAUGCAGUGGGGGGGGGGGCAUGGUGGUGGUGGAGGGCUGUGGGAUGACGGGCUGCGAGGACUGUGAGAGGGAGAUGGACCCCCUGGACUACGACCAGCAGGACGACAGGGACAGCUCGCCCUGCUGAGACCGUGUGUCCGUGUGUCCGUGUGUCCGUGUGUCCGUGUGUCCGUGUGUCCGUGUGUCCGUGUGUCCGUGUGUCCGUGUGUCCGUGUGCGUGGCUGAGGUUGUGUGUGUCCUUGUGUAAGUGUCUGUGUAUGAAUGUGUCUGUGCGUGUGUGUCUCUUUUUCUGUGUGUGUGUGUGUUUGUGUGUGUGUGAGGGGGUCCCCUCUACCAGCUCUGACCCCCCCUGGAGGGGGUCCCCUCUACCAGCUCUGACCCCCCCCCUGGAGGGGGUCCCCUCUACCUGCUCUGACCCCCCCCUGGAGGGGGUCCCCUCUACCUGCUCUGACCCCCCCUGGAGGGGGUCCCCUCUACCAGCUCUGACCCUCCCCUGGAGGGGGUCCCCUCUACCAGCUCUGACCCCCCCUGGAGGGGGUCCCCUCUACCAGCUCUGACCCCCCCCCUGGAGGGGGUCCCCUCUACCAGCUCUGACCCCCCCCUGGAGGGGGUCCCCUCUACCUGCUCUGACCCCCUCUGGCGUUGGGAUUCCAUUGAGGGGAGAAAUUAGACGUUGACAGACAAUCAGCAGUUGCAGUCCCAUGUACAGGCCCAUGUUUCUCACUAAAUUGUGAGUAUUUGCACCCUUUUUAUGUUCAUACUACACUGCUAAAUAGAGCGUACACACAUUAUUUUCGUUAAUUUAAUUCUUUAUUGUCUUAUUUAGUGCCAGUGAAUGGGGUACUCAGCUGAAAGAAUAUCUGAGAGGGGG